AUAAUAUUUCUGUCCGAGAGCCGCGCUAAGGCGAUGGUUCCGUUGCUCUGAUAGGCGGUCGGUGGGAGUUGUACAGCUCAGUGCAAAUUCAGGCACAUUGAGAUGUGGAGCCGGGUGGAGGCUGAUAGCUGGACUCGGCGCUGGAACCGAGCUGCUGUCUAGGGAAUCUAGUUGCUGUACAUUAGCGCAAACCUUCCAUGUUGAUCAAUGGAACUCUGUGAUUUGAGGAAUGUUCUGUGUAAGCAUGUGGCUGCAGCCCAGUUCGGCCAUCUAGAAAGAGUGGAUCAUUCCACUGUGGCAUCUUCUUGGAUCUGAAGUUGAUUAUUAGGAGGAUCAAGUAAGGAGAUUAGAAGAAGCUUACAUUGAGAAUACUGGGUGUAUGUGUGAAAUGUCUGCCAUAAUGGAUUGUGAUUCUGUCCCAAGUCAAGACUCUCAGUCAGAACUUGCAGAGCGAGUUGCUGCCAUUGAAGUGGAAGAAGAGUGUCAGGCUCCAGAAAGAAUGAAUUCUGAUGAUAUGGAUGGACUGAAAAACCACUGCAUGAGCUCUGAAACCAGUCAGGAUGUAUUUCUUUCUUCCCAAGAACAAAGGGAUUUAAGCACUUUCCAAAGAGCUUCUUCUCGACCUUCUUUAUCAAACAGAAAAUUCUCUCUCCAAGAAAGACCUUCUGGAGGCUGCCUUCCAUCCCACAAUCUAGCCUAUGGUCCAUAUGCAACAGGUCCCGCAUCACACAUAUCUCCAAGGAUUGUUCGAAGGCCAACAAUAGAGUCCAACCGUGUCUCCAUCUCUGAUUCAGAUGACUGUGUGCAGCUGAACCAAUACAAGCUACAGAGUGAAAUUGGAAAAGGCUCCUAUGGUGUUGUAAAACUGGCCUACAAUCAAAGUGAUGACAAGUAUUAUGCAAUGAAGGUUUUAUCAAAAAAGAGGCUGCUGAAGCAAUAUGGAUUUCCACGUCGACCACCCCCUAGAGGCUCAAAGACUGGGUCAGGGGAUCAAACAAAACCAAUGGCUCCACUGGACAGGGUGUAUCAGGAAAUAGCUAUUUUGAAAAAACUGGAUCAUGUAAAUAUUGUCAGAUUGAUUGAGGUACUAGAUGAUCCAGCUGAAGACAAUCUGUAUAUGGUGUUUGACCUCUUACGCAAAGGGCCUGUAAUGGAAGUACCAAGUGAGCAUCCUUUUGUAGAAGAUCAAGCUAGAGUUUACUUCAGGGACAUUGUUUUAGGCAUUGAAUACUUGCAUUACCAGAAGAUCAUUCAUCGGGAUAUCAAACCAUCCAACUUACUGGUGGGAGAUGAUGGACAUAUCAAAAUAGCUGAUUUUGGUGUGAGCAACCAAUUUGAAGGCAAUGAUGCGCUUCUAUCAAGCACUGCAGGGACGCCUGCCUUUAUGGCUCCUGAGACACUUGCAGAUUCUGGCCAAGGGUUCAGUGGAAAGGCACUUGAUGUGUGGGCCAUGGGAGUAACCCUUUAUUGUUUUGUGUUUGGAAAGUGUCCGUUUAUGGAUGAAUUCAUUCUGACUUUGCAUAACAAAAUCAAGUACAAACCAGUGGAGUUUUCAGAAGAACCCUCAAUAAGUAAUGAUCUUAAAGACUUAAUUUUGAAAAUGCUGGAUAAAAAGCCAGAAGAUAGAAUAUCUGUUCCAGAAAUAAAGGUACAUCCUUGGGUAACAAACAGAGGGGAAGAUCAUUUACCUCUGGAAGAAGAGCACUGCACCAUUGUAGAAGUAACCGAGGAGGAAGUGAAAAACUCCGUCAAGCUUAUCCCUAGUUUGACAACAGUGAUAUUAGUGAAGGCAAUGCUCAGGAAGCGCUCCUUUGGAAACCCCUUUGAAUGUGCAAGAAGAGAGGAGCGGUCAAUGUCUGCCCCAGGAAACCUUUUAAUGUGCCAGUUUAAGUCAUCUUUAAAAUUGCAUCCACAUGUAAGAAAACAAGUGAGUGGGGAAGUUGCAAAGGAUUCUGAGCUCCCUGAUGUGGACGAAGAUGAAGGAACGUCCUGAAUACAUGCAUGUCUCCGGCGGCCCCCAUGUUACUAUGUUGCACAGAAUCGUAGUCUCACGAUCAUAAAGAACCAAAGCUUGCGGUCUGUAGAAAAAAAAAAUACACAAAAAGAAACAUUUUCAAAGGUCUUUGCAAAAGGUUUCCAGAUUUCUGAAGAAUGGCAUCACCUCAUCGCAUCUGUCUAUGUAACUUGUGCUCAGUGCAUCGGUCUGCAUGUAUGUUCAGUGCCUCGUCUCCAUCUGUGCUUCUGCAUCGAGCAGUCAUUGUACAGUUGCUUGAAGAUUGCUUGACCAAUGAAUGUUUUUUUUCUUUAUGAUGAAAGCCGUUUAUAGGGAAGAAUUGUGUAGAGCAAACAGAAGUAACUGCAAGAGAAUGUUCCAUAGCUUCAGACUAUACUAACAGAAUGACUUUUGUUCUGUUUGAAGUAUGUGUCGACCAAUUUGGGGACUACUAUUGCUGCUGAGAUCAAUUAUUUAAUGUGUCAUAAUAGUGUAACAUUAUAGAGACGCCUGCCAUUAAGCAGGAGAAUAGGUUUGAAGCCAGUCUUGGCUUAUUUCACGUCAGCUGUACAGAAAUGUUUACAUAUGCUAAAGAAGGGCUAUUUCUCCUUUGCACAUUCCUAUGAAUUUUCUCCCUCCGUUGUCACUUCUUUGUUGACUGGAAAGAAAAAAACUGUAGCUUGUUUUUUUAAUUAAAUAAUAAUUUGUCA